UUCCGCAGUCGCCAUGAACAGCGUGGGGGAGGCCUGUACGGAGCUGAAGCGGGAGUACGACCAGUGUUUCAACCGCUGGUUCGCUGAGAAGUUCCUGAAGGGGGAAAGCGCAGGCGACCCUUGCGUCCAGCUCUUUAAGCGCUACCAGCUGUGCGUCCAGAAAGCAAUCAAGGAAAAGGACAUACCCAUUGAAGGGCUGGAAUUUAUGGGCCCCAGCAAAGGAAAAUCUGAAAACUCUUCUUGACCAUGAUGGGAUACAGGUGGAGUCAUUUGAAUUCUGAAUCACAGUGGCAACAGGACAAGUUGGCUGUCUGAAAUACAAGGACUUUUCUCCAUUGCGGUUUCUGUCACGUAAAAACAGCUUUGUUUUUAAUGAACUGAUGGUGGGUUUUACCACUGGGGAGAGAAUGAGUAGAGGGGAGGGAGCAAGUUCAGAUUACAUGAAGUUACUGAUCAUCUUUUCCCCUCAUGCAGGCCAAAUUAAGCUGUAACUGUAAAAUGAAUGUGAUGGAGCUUGAUUGAUACAAUGCACUGCUGUAUCUUUGUUUUCUGAAUUUUUUCUCUCCAUUAGUGCUACUUCCUGAAGCAGAAGGUGCUCUCAGCAUUGAUUAUGAAAGAUACAGCACUUGAGAAAUGUUGUGGAGAAAUGUUAACUUCUCUCUAAAGACUGUAGCCUCAUGCUACUGCUUUAAAAAAACAACCCUGUGAGCUUAUAAAACCCACACAUUCAUUCUUUCUAACCCUCUCUCCAGAUGUAUGGAAGUUUCAGGCAUACAGUGCUUCCUUUUGGCAAGGGGAAGCAAGACAAAACCUGUUUAGAACUUACUUUCUGCUUCUGUCUAGUAAAUGUAAAGGAGAAGCAGCAGCAUGGUUAUAUACAAUGUGAUGCAUAUAUUCCUUCUUGAAAAGGAGAAUGUUAUUCAUCUUGCAUUUUGUUUGGCCAAACAGACUAUAUUUUGGAUUGCUGUUUAGAAGGUGAGAAAUGUGUUGAAAGAGUGGGGUUUAAAAUACUAUUCUCCUUUGUCACUCAAGAGCUUCAGAUUACUAAACAGCAUCCAUUCAUGUUACACACGCUACCUAGAUGUUUUGCUGAAACAUCUAAGAAAAUUUAGAGCAAAUACUGUUAAGUAGACAGUUGGUAUAAGCACCUGUCUUGGUAUAAUUUAUAAAAAGCUUCACUACAUUAGUGAAAAUGUAAUGAAUUCUUAGUCAUGACAUUAAAGCACCUGGUUUAGAACUGCUAGAAGCUAUUCAGUUCUCUGCCUCUCUUCCAUGGAUUUCUUUUAAAUUAUUAUAUGAAGUUCCAUGUUAGUAUUUAAGAUUGUUCUGGCUGUCAUAAACUUACAGCUGUAACAGUCAGCACUUAUGAGAGUCCAAGCUGCUUUAUCAGAAAAGCAUUGUAUUCAUUUAAUAGAAAUACAAACAUUUGGAUUCAAACUAGGGUGCAGAAAAAUUAUUUACCUCAUUUUGUAAUCACAUCUCACUUUCUAUACCUUUGUGUGUUUGAUAUAUGGCUCCCAACUGAUAACUUUUGCUUCCAUCAAAAGGAAUGUUUGUGCCACAGUAAAUAUUAAUCUUUAAGGUGCCGCACAGCUUUGUUUUCAUGGAUGUGAAACCUUAUAGGAUGUUGGGCAAACACAUGGCUUGCUUCAUAUCACAGCCAUAGGCUUAAAGCCCUUGUGUUGUCAGCAGAAAGACUAACAUGAAAUGCUAAUAUGAAGUACAACCCUGGUUAAUGCUCCCAUUGAGUUUCCUCAGCUUAUUGUACUGAGGAGCAAAAUAAAUGAUUUCUCCUUUGCUUAUGCUUUCUUUCAGUUUUCACCAAGGUCACUUUGUCUUGCCGAAAGUUUCCAAGGCAGUUAUGGUGCUUUGAAAAUAGGCUUCUUGCUUUCAUUUUGCAGGAGGAACACAUGCAGAGGUGGUGAAAAGUUGUUGCUUUAGAGUUUAAGCAGUUCUCUGCAGCACUGGGGACAAAGUUCAUAUUCUGCCUUUUUGCAUGCUAGCCCAAUGUGGGGAUUAUCUAGUAGUGCUCAGUACAGAGAGGAAAAGUCAAAUUAAGGCUGUAAUCCCAGGCUUUGGAUAAAUUUUAUUGACUACAGUAUAUCUUACUUUUACGUAAGCAUACAUACAGUCAGACUGCUUAUGGAAAUAAUGUUCUUGCAACAGAAAGUGCCUUAUAACAUGAUUGAACAGCUGUAUGUAUUUUGCUAUGUGCAAUAAUGGAAAAUCAAUAAGGAUAAUAAAAUUGGAUUCAAUAGAAA